GAAUCUGAACUCUACAGCUGUGAUUGCAUUUAGGUGCUUUUUAUUCACUCAACACUGAGGAACACAGCACAAGAGAAGAUUCAGGUGUUUCUUCACACAGGGGACUCUACUUAAUCUGAUUUAACAGAAGUCAAGGAUGGAGUGGUGGAGACGCUGGUUGCCAGCAGUGCUGUUUUUUAGUGUGAGUGGAGUUAAAAUGGAGCAUCUCCAAGCUGAAAACCUCAACCUUCUUCCUCCAGAUGAGUACAACAUGGUCCUGAAUCGAGGAAUGACAGUGCUGCCCAGAGACUGCCAUGAGAUGCUGAUGGCAUCCUCAGGCCAGGCCAGAGAUGGAGUAUACUUGAUCAAACCAGGUGACUCUCCCAUCGUGGUCUACUGUGCCAUGCAGGAGGGAGGCUGGACUGUGGUUCAGCAUAUUACAGUCAAUAGCAGUGUGAACUUUGAUCGCACCUGGGCUGAGUACAAGAACGGCUUUGGGGAUGUCACAGGGGAUCACUGGCUUGGGAAUGAGUACCUCCAUCAGCUCACCCAAGGCCCCACUCGCUAUAAACUGGGAGUAAAACUCGUGGACCGGGAUGCCAUCACCAAGAUGGGGGAGUAUGAUCCGGUCCUGGUGGAGGAUGAAUCAGCAGCAUACAGACUGAGGCUGGGGUUGUUCCAGGGCACAGCUGUGGACGCUCUGACUCUGGACACAGAAAACUACUUGCAUGAUAACCAGAAAUUCACAACCAAAGAUAGAGACAAUGACAACUACUUCCAAAACUGUGCCAAGCUGGAGUUUCAAGGGGUGCCAGGAGGAGGAUGGUGGUAUGAUGCCUGCGCAGGUGCAAAUCUGAAUCGCAGAAAUGUCAUUUACUGGCAAAAAGACUGCAACAAGGAGCGGCUGUGCAAGUAUGCAUGGAUGAUGGUGAAGCCUUCAGACACAGUUAAAAUUAUUCCCAGUGGAGAAUGCAAAAAGGAUGAGCUAUGAGGAAGUGACUUCACCACAUUUUAUUCAGAAAUGCACAGACAUGAUCACAAAAUACUGAGAAGAACCAAAAAUGUAUCACAAACUUGAAACACUGUUUAAAACGGCAUUCUGGUUCAGCUCUUCCUUCACCAUGUCAGCUUGCUCAAAGCCAAGAUUUUCUUUCCCCAAAUUGCAAACGCUCUGUUGUUAGCUUAGCUGCUCUCCUAAAAACAAAACAUUAUAGCUUAUAAUUCACCGUGAUAAAAAUGUCUCCUGCUUGUUUUCCAGUGCUUGCAGAAAGAAACACUUCAUGAACACUUUUACUCCAACAAAAUCUAACUUGUUUGCCAGAAAUACAAUAGAAAUAUUAUGACAUGUUAAUUUUAGCUAUAUUAAUAAAGAAAACAAAUACUGUAUUUUGAUGCUUAAGAACAAAAAAAUCCUGAGGAUAAAAAUAAUGAAGACAAGACAAUGUGUACUGUAAAAUUCUUCACUCCUCCAGAUGUAAACACUGACAUUAAUAAAAAAUUAAAACAGU